AUGGCCGCGUGCUCAAGCUUUUCUCCUCAGAAGCUAAUCCCAUCGAAAGCCAAACCCAUUGCUUGUGUUCUCGUUAAAUCGAGAUUUUCGGUUCAAGUUAAAGCCUUUUCUUCUCAAGUUUCAAGUUCACCUCAAAAGGAUGAGAUUCCAGCUCGCAUUGGCUUUCUGGGUCUCGGAAUUAUGGGAUCUCCAAUGGCACAAAAUCUCAUUAAAGCAGGAUGUGAUGUUACUGUUUGGAAUAGGACCAAAAGAAAAUGUGAUCCCCUUAUCUCCUUGGGUGCAAAGUAUAAAUCCUCACCUGAGGAAGUAGCUGCCUCUUGUGAUGUGACAUUUGCGAUGCUUGCAGAUCCUGAAAGUGCGGUUGACGUUGCAUUUGGAAAGAAUGGAGCUGCAGGUGGUAUGAGCUCAGGAAAAGGUUAUGUAGAUGUCUCUACUGUUGAUGGAGCCACUUCCAAAUUGAUCAGCUCACAUAUCAAAUCAACCGGAGCACUUUUUCUGGAGGCUCCAGUUUCAGGUUCGAAAAAGCCAGCUGAAGAUGGGCAGUUAAUUUUUCUCACUGCUGGUGAUAAAUCUCUCUAUGAUACUGCUGGCCCAUUUUUAGACAUCAUGGGAAAGUCGAGAUUUUACCUUGGAGAUGUUGGCAAUGGAGCUGCAAUGAAACUCGUAGUUAAUAUGAUUAUGGGAAGUAUGAUGGCAUCGUUUUCGGAAGGGUUGCUACUUAGUGAGAAAGUAGGUCUCGAUCCCAGUGUUCUCGUCGAGGUUAUUUCGCAAGGCGCCAUAAGUGCACCAAUGUACUCCAUGAAAGGGCCUUCAAUGGUUCAAUCCAUUUACCCCACAGCAUUUCCAUUAAAGCAUCAGCAGAAGGACCUUCGGCUGGCUCUUGGGUUGGCCGAGUCGGUUUGUCAGCCAAUCCCGAUUGCUGCGGCUGCAAAUGAGCUGUACAAAGUUGCGAAAUCGCGCGGUUUAAGUGACGAGGACUUCUCGGCGGUUAUUGAAGCACUGAAAGGGAAACUGGAAAAGUAG